UCCUGGGUACUUCUUAGCCCCUCAUCUAGCCCUGCUGCUGUUCCCAGGUUUUGGGAACUCAGCACCUUCAAAGGAAACAAACACAGAAGCAGGACGGGCAGAGCUGCUGGAGCGGGUGCUGCGGGAGCUGAAGGUGCAGAAUGCUGUGCUGGUGAGCCCCUCACUGAGCGGCCGCUAUGCCCUGCCCUUCCUGAUGCAAGGCCACCACCAGCUACAUGGAUUUGUGCCCAUCGCACCCACCUCCACCCGGAACUACACGCAGGAGCAAUUCUGGGCUUUAAAGACCCCAACCCUCAUCCUCUAUGGGGAGCUGGACCACACCAUGGGCCAAGAGUCACUGCGGCAGCUCCGCCACCUGCCCAACCACUCCGUGGUGAAGCUACACAAUGCGGGCCAUGCCUGCUACCUCCACCAGCCAAAAGACUUCCACCUUGUCCUCCUGGACUUCCUUGACCAUUUGCCUUGAACUCCCCCACUUCCCAGGCCUGAUCUGAGCAUGGAAGGCGUGGUCCACCAUUCCCCCCUCCAGGAAGACAUUCUUUGGGAUUGGAGGGCAGAGGGGCAGGCCCAGCCAGGCCUUCCCAUUUCAUUUCACAGGUACAAUAAAGUAAAGCUAUUUGUCUUUACUGGAGAGUGGCAGGUUGUUCCCUGACAUGCUUUGCAAGCGGUGGGAGUGGGAGGCAAGUCUGG